ACUUCAGUUUAUGUGUGGUCAUCCAUCAAGUGAAAAUGCAUACUAUAAUCAUUUUCCUCGUCAUUUUAGCAUACAGUGAUCAAACUGAAAUAACCGUCGAUACAAAAAGCGCGGCUACCAAUUUCGACCAUUUCUGGGAAAGCACGGGUUUAUGUCCACCUGACCCGAAAGAAGACAUUUACAAAUUUUUAUUAAGCGAGGAUGAAAAGUUUAACUUGGCUUUGAUUGGAGCGUUGCCUAAUCAGGGCAUAAAGCAGGUUAGAAUCCACUGGCUGUUCGAUUUAAUAUUUUACAGUGAAAAUGGAUACAACUUUACGUAUUUGGACGACUUAUUGGAUUUUUUGGUUACACAUAAUUUGAAACCGCGGUUCGAAUUGAUGGGUUAUCCUAUUUUAGUUGAGUUAAAUAAAGAGAGGGAUUUUUGGCACAAUUUGGUUGAAAAUAUUGCAACUAGAUACAUCUCAAAGUUUGGGGCUUCUGAAGUUUCUCAAUGGAAAUUCGAGCUUUGGAAUGAGCCAGAUUUGACCAACUACAAUCUUUUAAAUUUCACCCUAUCAGAAUAUCUGGAGUACGUGACUGGGUGUGCCGAAGGGUUAAAGGGUGCGUUUGGUGGCCAAAACAUGGCCAUCCUGGGUGGACCAGCUGGGUUAUUUAGGGAAGAAAAUCACCCUUUGUGUUGGGGUUUGCUGGAGGCGUGCUCAAACAGUUCCGAGACUUUCGAGUGUCCCAUACAAUUCCUCUCUUUCCACAGAAAGGGUGAUGGUACCGCCCAAGGAGUCCUAAACGGAACCCUUGAACUUCUGGACUCCUUACGCAGCAAAUUUCCUUCUCUUGUCGACAUACCCAUAGCAAACGAUGAGUCUGACAUCAUCACCACUUGGUCCCACAGCUGGGAGUGGCGCGGUGAUUCCCGAUACGCAGCAAUGGUAGUAAAAGUGAUCUCCGACCAUUACAAGUCGGUGACUCUGGACAGAAAAACCAAAAUCGAGCUCUUAGGCAACGACAACGGUUUCUUGAAUUAUCACCCGUUUUACUUUACUCAGAGGACACUUUUUGCCCGUUUCCAGAUGAACCACACUCACCCUCCUCACAACCAAUUUAUUAAAAAACCGGUUUAUACCGUCAUGGGUUUGCUAUCUUUUCUGGGUGACGGUUGGCUACAGGCUGACGUUAACCCCCAGGAUCCGCUAUUAACUGUUCUAGCCACCAAGACUGUGACCAAUGGGUCAAAUUUGGCAAUUCUUUUAGCGUACGGUGACGAUGAUUACGUUAAUGAUACAAUCAAACCGGUCCAAAUUGUUGUUAAAAAUGUGCCUACUGGGGGAAGAUUUGUUGUUUAUUUACUAGACAAUGUGGAGACGAAUCCCUACAAGUUUUGGCAAGAUGUAGGAGGGCCGGUUUUCCCCCAAAGCUCUGUCAGAGAGGAGAUGAGAAAGCGUGAGGGACCAUUGCGUUUGUUUCCACCCACACCACUAACAUCCGAAAAUCUCACACUGACUCUGAAUUUAACCAUUCCAAGCGUUGCCUUAGUUCACGUCUGUCCAAAACCAACUGAACCUCCAGGACCUGUAACAAAGUUAUCAGUUUUCAAUGUAACCAGAAGCGAAAUUUUUUUAACUUGGAGUGACUCGGAAAUUGCAACAAAAUGUGUCCGCACGUAUGAAGUUGAAUUUGAAGCCCAGUGUUCCAACAGUUUGCAGUUCAUAAGGAUAAACCCAGACGACGGCGUGUUUCUUUCGUACCAUUACGCACCUCCAGAUAAUGAAGAAUGUGAGUCCACUGUGGGUAGAUAUAGGGUUCGCGCGAUAGAUUACUGGGAUCAGCCAGGGAAUUAUUCCCAAGUUGUUGUUUUCCCUUAUUAA